UUGGAUGAGGUGGCAACUUUUGUAAACCUACCUAGACAGGAGGCUUUUUCCCUCAUCCACUGUUCGGUUAUUGUUUGGAAUUCGGGAGCGCAGUUCCAUCACUUUCCAUCCAAUUUCAUUCGUGCCUUUGGCGCCAUAUAUACACGCUCGGCGUCGUCGGCUCUCUUCAAACAAUACAUCCGCACGUGCUUCCAUAGCUGUUUGAAAUGGCUGAAAUAGAAAAUGAAAAGAAAAAAAGCAAGAUUAAGUCUAUCGGAGAGGCGCAGUUGAAGGUUAAGUAUGAAAUGCAGUCAUCCAAUGAAAUCCCUAAGCUGGACUGCAAGGACUGGCCAUUGUUGUUUAAGAAUUUGGACAAAAUGUUGACACGCACAAAACAUUUUACACCUCUUUCUUGCGGAUCCACACCCCUUCAUAGAACGAUUUCUGAGUACGUACAGUCUGGUUGCAUAAACCUUGACAAGCCUUCCAAUCCAUCAUCCCAUGAGGUUGUCGCAUGGAUUAAAAGAAUUUUAAAAGUUCAAAAAACAGGUCACUCUGGUACCUUAGACCCAAAAGUAUCAGGCUGUUUAAUUGUUUGUAUUGACAGAGCCACAAGACUGGCCAAAUCUCAGCAGUCAGCUGGUAAAGAGUAUGUGGCUGUAUUCAAGCUCCAUGAGGCUGUUGACAAUAUUAAAAAGAUCCAUCAGGCCCUUGAAAAACUGAGAGGUGCAUUAUUUCAAAGACCUCCUCUAAUUUCAGCCGUCAAACGUCAGUUGAGAGUAAGAACAGUUUACGACAGCUGGUUUCUUGAUUAUGAUGAGGAAAGAAACAUGGGAGUCUUCAAAGUUAGUUGCGAAGCGGGUUCCUACAUUAGAACAAUUUGUGUCCAUCUUGGUCUAUUUCUUGGUACUGGUUGCCACAUGCAAGAGCUGAGAAGAAAUCGUUCUGGUAUUAUGUCUGAGAAAGAUGGACUAGUCACGAUGCAUGAUCUACUAGAUGCCCAAUGGCUGUACGAAAAUCAUGGUGAUGAAUCUUAUCUGAGGAGAGUUAUCAGACCAUUGGAAUCACUACUUGUCAAUCAUAAAAGGAUCAUUGUCAAAGACAGCGCUGUAAAUGCUAUAUGUUAUGGAGCUAAAAUAAUGUUGCCUGGUGUUCUGAUGUAUGAUCAAGGUAUUGAAUUAAACGAAGAAAUCGUUAUUGUCACCACUAAAGGAGAAGCUGUGGCUCUCGCUGUGGCUCUCAUGACGGCGCCAACAAUGUCAGCUUGCGAUCACGGAGUAGUUGCCAAAAUUAAACGCGUUAUUAUGGAAAGAGACGCUUACCCAAGAAAAUGGGGCUUAGGACCAAAGGCAUCUAUGAAAAAGAAAAUGAUCUUGGAAGGAAAACUUGAUAAACAUGGAAAACCGAAUGAAAAUACACCUUCUAACUGGCUCACCAGCUACACGGAUUAUGCUCCUUUAAAGAAUGAAGAAAACGAUGUGAAAGAAACGCAAGAAAAAGUGCAAGUUGUAGAAGCUCCUUCUAAAAAGCGCAAGAUUGAAGAAACUAUGUCUCCAUCUAAGGAAGUUGUAGUUAGCGAAUCAGUAAAUGAAGUAGAAUCUAUAAAAGAUAUAAAGAAGGAGAAAAAAGAAAAGAAAAAGAAGAAGGUCAAGAAAGAAAAGCAAGAGUCGGAAGCUGAAACGUCAAUGGUCGUUGAAGAACAGGGAGAGGAACAGUUAGUGAAGGAAAAGAAAAAGAAAAAGAAGAAAAGCAAAGAGCAGUCUCCUACUGAAGAAUAAGGGCGUUAAUUUUUUUUAAAUCACCUUUUUUUAACGAUUUGUGAAUGAGUAAUGAGUGGUUGCGAGUGCAAAAUGAAGACUAUUUAUAAUUAAAAUAGUCGCUAAUCGUGAUAAAUGCUGAAUGAUUUUUUUGAGAAAGUAUAAAUAUUGGAACCGUUAAGAGUAUAUUCCAAGUUUAUCUUCUGUAACUAGCAUUUGUGGAUAGAUUUACAUAAAUAUUUAAGCUGUACAUAAAUAUUUGUAAUAGACUAUUUUUAUGCUCAUAAAAAUACUUUUCACCAAACUAAAGUAAGAUCUUUCAUUUUUCCAUUACUUUUUUUAUAUAAAUAUUUUGUCAUUACAGCUACU